CGGAAAACGGCCACCAUGGACAGGGACCAAUCCCCAAAGAAUAUCAUCCCCAGAGCUUGUCAUAAUUGUCGGAUCCGAAAGAUUCGAUGUAGUCGCCAGUUGCCCUGUUCCAAUUGCGUGACGUCUCGUCUCGUCUGUCGGGCUGUGGUGAAAUCGACUGUGGCACAGGUUUCACCAGAUGAGAAGCCCCCUAGUGACAAACAGUUUCAAAGUCUUCAUGAGAGACUUUGUGUCGUUGAGGAGGCACUCAAGACUCAGUCCAGCCAACCCACACAGGCCACGGAAUGCAGACACUACGUCGGACAGACGAUUCGAGACGACGGCGCUGAUCAGCAGACCUCCAUACCAUACCGAACGACGUCUUUUGAGGGCGCAUCAUCAUUUGGGCGGCAGACACUGCUUGCGUGCCAGGUCUCGGAGCUAACGUCGAGUGAGGCUGGCCACUCGCCCUCCAUUAUGGAAGAGGUUGCCACUCUCCGUAAUAUUCUCCGAAACCCGGAGUAUCCCGCGGCGAUACGGGCCGUCAGUACCUCCCGUGAGCAUCGGAACAAUGACAUCACGAGGAUGGAACUUCCACCGUCGAAUUUUGUUCUUCAGGUGCUUGGUGUUUUGAAAGACACACAAUCAUUGCUCUUCUUAUUCCAUGCAGUUCACGAUCGCUCACAGGUCGAGGAGCUUUGUCGGCGCGUUCACUUCCCAUUGGAGCCCCUUUCCGCAGGUGAACUUACGCUUUUCAAUGGCAUCUUCCUCGUCAUCCUGGGCGACUUGAAAAUUCAGAAGCAUAGCAGCUUGUCGGAAGAAGAUGUCAACCGAUUUUAUGAUAUUUGUCAGGAGAACUUUCAGGCUGGAAUUGAGACGUACGAGACGGCAAUGAUCCCAAGCUACCAUCACACAUUGGCGCUCUCCAUAGCAUUGAUCAAUGCCCAAAUCGAGGGGAAUCUAGCUCUCCACACCAGUUUGGUAUCCGUCGCGGCACGACACUGCCUUGCCCUAGGCUAUCAUCGCGAAGAGAGGAUGGAGCAUCUUCCCCCUGUAGAUGCUGAGAGAUGCCGCCGGCUGUUCUGGCGGAUUUACAUUUUCGACAAGAGCCUUUCGCUGCGCUUGGGUAGAGCUCCGCUCAUCCAGGAUUAUGAUGUCGACGUGAAGCAAUGGAUCGCGUCAAAAGAAACCGGGUCUUUGCCUUGGGAACAGAUCUUUGCUUCUUUUGUUGAGUUUGCGCGUAUUCAAGCUCAGGUUUAUGAACGCCUAUACUCCCCUUCGUCCAACAAGCUGGACACAGCACAGCGACAGACAUUGAUUGACGACCUAUCGACACAAUUGAGUACAUGGUAUUCCGGCUGGCAACAGAUUGAUAGCACCAAUGCGCAUUGUAAAGAAGUCUUCGAAAGACUGCUGGAGCCCACCGAGGUUUCCUAUUACUCGGUCCUGACCAUCCUCCACCGCGGCGCGACGUUGUCCAAUUCAGCUCAGGACAUUGUACCCGCCUGCUUUGAGGCUGCCCAGCAGGGCUUGCGAGCACACCUUACUCGUUGGCCUCGAGCCAUAUCUGCAGGGAUGACAGCUAUGUCUUACUAUGGCAUCUGGAUUUUCCUACACUCGUCAUUCACACCCUUCAUUGUUGCCUUUUUGCAUUGCAUUAAAAAUGAAGACACAGGAGACCUCGAACUGCUCAAGAACGUUCUUGACACCAUCGAACAGAUUAGCUCCAUACGUGAACCUCUGCAACGACAGUUUGGUCUUUGCAGGGCGCUGUAUCGCAUCGCGGAAUCGUUUAUCAAUGACCGGCUACCGGCGACUGAUCAGAGAACGGUACUGUUGGAUAACACAAUUGCACUGCCGCUUCAACCCUUAUUCCUCGAAAGUUGGGACUUUCUAGACCCCAAUCUACCACUACCUAGCUACCUGGCUACUUCAGCGGCGUUUUAUAUUUAAUCAAACAGCGGUGGGGAAACUGUUCUCGUAUUUCUUUUUCGAUCACAACUUGAUCGCACGAUGUGUCUCACUCGGUGACCCUCGGUGGCUAAGCUUCCUGGUACUCAUUCGUCUUCGGGCCAGGCAAAUGAACGUCUUACUUUGAUCCAAGGUUCGGUUAACAUUCAGCUCGUCUUGGCAAACAAUUAGGGGCGGAAUGAAUGAAUCCGUGUGCGCUAGUGCAAACAAAAUAGACCACAGACAUUCGUUGGGUGUUGGUCGUGAGUAAAAGGCGGCUUGUGUCUUACCGCCACCAUGAUCUAGACUGCUCUGCCAAGAUUUCAGCUUAGCCACCACAUGCAAGAAGUGACACAACAGAGGGACUAUAGCAAAUAGUUGGAUCUGUUCUUGUUGAGGCGAGACCAAGUGGCUUAUGUUUUGAGCACGCGGAAACGCCACCACAACAACAC